GUAUGUCAGUAUCGGUGUGGUUAACGUGAGCCCUGCUGUGUGUGUGAUUAGGUGUCUGCUGUUCUAAUAAAGGAAAGCGCUGCGUCUGUCGCUGCCUCAUAUCACUACCAGGAGUCUCUGUACAGACGUCUUUCUGUUGACUGUCUUACAGGACAGGUGGAGGGAACACCGCCUCUGGAUCAACUAGACAAGAUUGGAUCUGAACAAGUGUCAAUCUCAAGUGUGUGUGUGUGUAUGAAUGUGUUAGAAUGCAUAUGUAAGAAAGUGUGUGCACUCUUUGACGUGUGUGUUUAGCUGAGAGUGCGGGUGGAAAUGCUGAAGCCACCAGCGGGGUUAUUUUUGGGUCAGUGACAGCGUGUCAAUGGCUGCAGAUGAGUCACAAAGGAAGGCUCUGAGAUACCAACAGACCCUGCUCUAUGGGGAGUACAGGGAACAACUCGGUAGCUUAGCCAGACGGGAAGCCACACGGCUGCUGACAGAGAGACAAUGGAGAAGGCAGAAAGGAGAAAACAACAUUGUCAACGCCAGACGGGGACGUGGCCAACGACAUCACAACACAGUCACCAUGGAGUCAUAUCUCAGCCACACCUCCUCCACAAAGAAGCCCCGCCCCUACUCCAAAUGCCAAGACUGUGUGGCUCGUAUACAGCGGUACAUCGUGACCAAGCUGGGGGAGGACUGGAUCUUCCUGGUGCUGCUGGGACUCACCAUGGCCCUGGUCAGCUGGAGCAUGGACUACACCAGUGCCAAGAGCUUACAAGCGUAUAAGUGGAUGCACGGGGAGCUGAGGGGGAAUGUCCUGAUACAGUACCUGGCCUGGGUCGUCUACCCCAUGGUCCUCGUCAUGUUCGCCUCUCUCUUCUGCAACAUAGUCGCCCCUCAGGCCAUAGGUUCUGGUAUUCCAGAGCUGAAGACCAUUCUGCGAGGGGUGGUGUUGAAGGAGUAUCUAACUCUUAAAGCCUUUGUGGCCAAAGUCAUCGGGCUGACCGCCGGCCUGGGCAGUGGCAUGCCCGUGGGGAAAGAGGGUCCCUUCGUCCACAUUGCCAGUAUCUGUGCUGCUGUGCUGAGUAAAAUCAUGUCCAUCUUCUCUGGAGUGUAUGAGAACCCCUGUGGUUACACAGACAUUCUGACAGUGGGCUGUGCCGUGGGGGUGGGCUGCUGUUUCGGCACUCCUCUAGGAGGGGUGUUGUUCAGCAUUGAGGUCACGUCUACCUACUUUGCUGUGAGGAAUUACUGGAGAGGGUAUUUCGCUGCCACCUUCAGUGCCUUCAUAUUCAGGGUGCUGUCUGUGUGGAACAAAGAUGCUGUCACCAUUACAGCUCUUUUCCGGACCAACUUCCGGAUGGAUUUUCCCUUUGACCUGCAGGAGCUCCCAGCCUUCGCAAUCAUUGGAAUCUCCUGUGGGUUCCUGACUCUCGGUCCCCUGUCUGUCUGUUGUAGAAUCUCCUGUGGGUUCCUGGGGGCCUUCUUUGUCUACCUAAACAGACAGGUGGUUCUAGUGAUGAGGAGACAGACGGCUCUCACACGCUUUCUGACCAAGCAUCGGUUAAUCUACCCAGGUGCAGUGACCUUUGUCAUCGCCACCCUGACCUUUCCUCCUGGAUUCGGCCAGUUCAUGGCUGGAGAGCUGAUGCCUAGAGAGUGUAUUAAUUCUCUGUUUGAUAACUUCACCUGGACCGAACUGUCUGCCACCGCUCUUCCCUCCGGACUGGGGCGCUCCUCAGCCUGGCUGCACCCCGACGUCAGCGUCUUCCUCAUCCUCCUCCUCUUCUUCGUCAUGAAGUUCUGGAUGUCUGCUGUUUCCACGACGAUGCCCAUCCCAUCUGGAGCCUUCAUGCCAGUGUUCAUACUGGGGGCAGCAUUUGGGCGUCUGGUAGGGGAGAUCAUGGCCACUCUCUUCCCAAACGGUAUCCUGUUUGAUGGGAUAGUUUAUCGCAUCCUCCCCGGGGGCUAUGCUGUCAUUGGUGCCGCGGCCCUGACCGGGGCAGUGACCCACACGGUGUCCACGGCUGUGAUCUGUUUUGAGCUGACAGGCCAGAUCUCCCACAUCCUGCCCAUGAUGGUGGCGGUGAUCCUGGCCAACAUGGUGGCCCAGGGCCUGCAGCCCUCCCUCUACGACUCCAUCAUCCAGGUCAAGAAACUGCCAUACCUCCCCGAGCUCAGCCUCGGACACAUCAGUAAGUACAACAUCUUUGUGGAGGACAUGAUGGUGCGGAAGGUGAACUUCCUGUCCUCCCAGUCAACCUAUCGGGAGCUGGGCUAUCUGCUAGACUCCACCUCCCUUAAAACCAUCCCUCUGGUCGACUCUAAAGAGUCUAUGAUCCUAUUGGGGUCUAUCGAGAGGACAGAGCUGCAGGCCAUCUCUGAUUGGUGGCUUUCAGCCGAGAGGCGUAUCUUUGAGAGGGGUCAGGGGUCGCCGGGUCAGGGCUGGGAGUCCUUCACUUUAGUAGACGAGGAGGAAGGAGAGACCUCUGCUGUACAAGAUGAACAGAAUAGGCCACUCCCAUCCCCCAAACCACAGGAGUCCUCCACCAAUCACACCGGCUCAGAGAAGAGUUCCCUCCAGUCUGUGAGGGGAAUAUUUCAGCGCCUCUUCUCCUCUUCCUCAACCAGCCAGGCUGAAGCUCAGGAAUCCACCCCUCCUCCACUCACUGACACCAUGUCCUCAGAGGAGAUCAAAGCCUGGGAAGAAGAAGAGUUGGAUAAGCCAAUCAGUAUGGAGGAGAUACGGAUUGAUCCCUCCCCCUUUCAGCUGGUGGAGAGAACCUCCCUACACAAGACCCACACUCUGUUCUCCUUGCUGGGUUUCAGUCAUGCCUAUGUUACCAGCAUUGGGAAACUGGUGGGAGUCGUAGCACUGAAGGAGUUGCAGAAGGCCAUCGAGGGCUCCACCCGUAGUGGGGUGAGAUUGCGCCCCCCUCUGGCCAGUUUCAGAGAUGCCACCCGUAAAGCCAAGAAGCACGAGGCUCCUCCCACCACCCCCUCCUCCCCCACCAGGGAGAGGGAGCUGUGGGGUGAGGGAGGGGAGAGGGAGGGAGGGGGUAGUAGGAAGGAUGGGGGCGAGGGGUUUAGGUUGGAGGUUAAGAAAGAAAAGGGGGAGGGAGAUGGAGGAAAGAGGGAGGGAGAGAUGGUAAGGUGGAAGGAUGAGGUGGUUAGGGCAGAGGGAAAGGGUGACAUGGAUGAGGCUCAGGAGGAACCCAGGGGGAAUGCAGGAGGAGCAGGUGGCUCCAGUGCAGGUGCAGAGUGUGAUACCUCCACCCCCAACAGCGAAGGGACAGACUGUCCCCCUCAGGAGUCUUCCUCCCCCGUCUCCCCCACCUCACCACCCUCCUCCUCCACUCGUAUCUUCAUUGUGUCAUCCCUUCCUACCGUGCCGGAGACGGAUGGAGAGAGGGAGAGCGAAGAUUCUGAAGAGCUGAUUUAGAUGGCGACUGAGGGAAUUCUGUGGAUUCUGUUUCUUAAAUGAAGACUUUCUCCUCUCUGGCCUCACUCCACUUACCUCAUUCAGUGAGAGGGUAUCAAGGAGCAUCCUGGGUAAUGGAGUUCUGUGCAGGCUCAUUAGAGGCUUUGCAGAUGUUCAGCAUACAGGGAGCAGGAAGAACAGGUAUACACAGUGCUUCUGUUAGCUAAUAAUACUUUUUGUACGAUGGUAGCCUCUUUCCUUAUUUUUCUGUGGAUCUCAGCAGUUUUUUUAAUGAUUUUUUUCUACUCAAGACAGACAGCCUAUUCCUUUUCAUUAUUUCAGUUUCUCAGGUCUCUUUCCGUGUCUUUCAAACUACAAAAAUGGACAGAUGUUCUUCAUCUGUGCCUAUCAUGGUUUGUCUCCUUGUCCCAGUAUUGUUGAAUGUGUGAAUGUGUUUGUAGCUACAUGGUACUGUACGUCUGAAUCUUUGUCUGUGAAUUCCAUGUAUCUUUAUGACACUGUAUAUGACAGCAAUUAAAUGUUUGAUAAUGAAAUCACAUCAUUAA